UCAAGUAUCACUAGAACACAAGGACUUAUUCUCUGAGCGGAGCCUGCAGCUUCUUACAGACCUUCAUCUUCAUCGUCCGAGGAGCUUCUCUUCCUCUCUGAGCAGGAGAAAAGGGACUCAGUUCCUCAUCUGUCCUCACACGCUCCAGGCUGAAACCCCAGAAGGGACGUUUGGAAUAGGUGUGAAGUCUGCUGUCACCAUGUCCGACACCGAGGAACUGGAUCAUGUAGAGGACGAGGAAGCCCAGGAGGAGGUAGUAGAAGUAGAAGUAGCCCCUGAGGCGGAGGCCCAGUUAGAAGCAGAGCCAGAGGUAGAGCCUGAACCAGAACCAGAACCAGAGCCAGAGCCACGGGAGGUGGUGCAGCGAGGGGAAGAGGAAGACGCCUAUGAAGAGGAAGGGGACGAGGAUGAUCAAGAUGAGGAGAAGCCAAAGUUCAAAGCUCCUGCUCCAAAGAUCCCCGAUGGCGAGAAAGUGGACUUUGACGACAUCCACAAGAAACGUCAGAACAAAGACCUGUAUGAGCUGCAGUCGCUGAUCGACGCUCACUUUGAGUGCAGGAAGAAGGAGGAGGAGGAGCUCAUCGCGCUCAAAGACAGAAUUGAGAAGCGCCGCGCUGAGAGAGCCGAGCAGAAGAGGGUUCGCGAUGAGAAGGAUAAAGAGCGGCAGGCCAGGCGGGAGGCUGAGCGGCAGAAGAGGGAGGACGCCGACGCCCACAGGAAGGCUGAGGAUGACGCCAAGAAGAAGAUAGCGCUGAGCAGCAUGGGAUCGGGCUACAGCAGCCAUCUGCAGAAGAUUGACCAGAAGAGAGGCAAGAAGCAGACUGAAAGAGAAAAGAAGAAGAAGAUCAUGGCGGAGAGAUGCAAACCGCUGAAGGUUGACGGCUUCAGUGAGGAUAAACUGAGGGAAAAGGCAAAGGAGCUGUGGGAGUGGCUGCACAACCUGGAGGCAAUUAAAUACGACCACUGUGAGAGUCUAAAGAGACAGAGAUAUGAGGUAAUCUCUCUCAGAAACCGCAUCGAUGAGCUGCAGAAACACAGCAAGAAGGGAGCCGCCUCGCGUCGCGGACUGAGCGUCCGAGACGGCCAGUCCCCCCGGAAGUGCCUCUACUCGGGUACCAGCGCCUCAGACCCCCCCCCCCCCCCUCUACUCGUACCCGCCCUCAGACCCCCCCCCCCCUCUACUCGGGUACCAGCGCCUCAGACCCCCCCCCCCCAUAGACACCUGGAACGUCUUACAUCUGAUUGA